CGUAUCCGAAAAUUUGUGUGCAAAGAAGGAAGAAGGCCGAGCAUAUUGAUUUCGUUCGUCAAAACCUGGAGUAGUGGUAAAUUGCACCCUUUUGCUUCGUAAAAUCCGAAUUCUCAUCUUCCACCCACGUCUGAGCUGCCAGAAAAACUUACCAAUCGAUAAUCUACCGAGUUGGAGAGCUAUGAAACAACAACCGAGAGGCCGAAACAAAGUUGGUCAACAGCAGCAGUUUGUGCAUCCUGUGUCAGUUGUGGACGGAGACGUCGGACAAAUCUACCCUCCGCCAGGAUUAGAGACUUACGCCAUGGCUGCAGGCACUCCACUUCCAAUUAUGGGCAACCCACAGGGCAUGCAUGCGUUAAAUAAUGGAGCACCCAUCACUCCAUAUCAGAACAACCACAUCAUGCAGGACAACCAGCCACCCCAACCGAGACCGGCUCAGAAUGGCGCCAGUGCUCUUCCAUCAAAGACGCCUGUGUCCGUUUUGCAAGAACUGCUUAGUCGACGAGGAACCACUCCGAAGUACGAGCUCGUCCAAAUCGAGGGAGCCAUUCACGAGCCCACUUUCCGCUAUCGAGUCACUGUCGGAGAAGUGAUUGCUGUGGGCACAGGAAGGUCCAAGAAAGAAGCCAAGCAUGCUGCUGCUAAGGCCAUUUUGGACAAAUUGGUGGGUCUGAGUGACAGCGCUCUCCCUGGAGGAGGACCCCCGAGCAACAUCCCUGAUGUGACUAGCCAGAUUGUGUCUCCGUUUGAUGACAAAAUCCCUGGAAACCCAAUCGGCACUCUGCAAGAAAUGUGCAUGUCCCGGCGUUGGCCCCCUCCCGUCUAUGAUCUGAAGUCGGAAAAGGGACUGCCACACGAGCGGCUCUUCACCAUUGCAUGCUGUGUAUUCAAGAACGUUGAAACAGGUACUGGCAAGUCCAAGAAGUUGGCCAAACGUCAGGCAGCUCAUAAGAUGUGGCUGAAACUGAAGGACAUGCCCGUUGAGCAGCCUAAUGCCAGUGUGGGACUGGAGGACGAUGAUGAGAUUGCCCAAAGAUCUUCUUCAGGCUCCCACUUUGCUGAACUAAAAGAUAGUAAAAUUGCCACCUUGACUCCUCCUCAUAGCCAAAAAGUGUCAAUGUUCCACAAAUCGCUGAAAUCAGCUUCAGGCCCUAAGCUUACUGAGCUACAGAACACGUCGCUGGUCAGCGAUUCCAAUUUCAACUACAUCAAGUUUCUGCAGGAAAUUUCUCAUGAACAGCAGUUUGAGGUCACCUUUGUUGAUAUCGAAGAGAAGGCUAAAUCUGGUGCGGUCCAGUGUCUGGUCCAAUUAUCAACUCUGCCCGUGGCAGUUUGCUAUGGAUCUGGACCAACUCCAAAAGAUGCGCAGUCUGCUGCUGCUCGUAAUGCUCUGGAGUAUUUGAAGAUUAUGACAAAGAAAUGAAGAAUUAACUUGCUAUCUACAUUUUAAGGAUGUCAGAGCUAAAAUUGGGCGAUGUUAAAAUUUCAACCUAAUUGGGGUUAGAAAUUUCAUUGCCACAAUCAGGCCAAGUUUCUAACUUUGGCUCAGGCCACUAUUCCGACUCUGAACAGGAAAGAAGAAAAACAAUUUAAAUUUUUGUAGAGUUGGAGAGUGGCCUCUACUGAGUCUACUGUUUUCUACAAACUAUACUUUGCAUGGAAUUAGUGGACUUUUCCCUAUUUGCUGAAACUAAUAUUUUGAGUACACAAGUUUAUUUAACCCGCAGAAGUCAAAUAUUUAACUUGCUGACAAAUAUAUAUAACGCAUCGUGAA